AAAAAAAGCACAAACAGGCGAGCGUAUUGACGGAUGUAAUGUCACAAUCAUGCGCCGAACGCAAGUAUCUGCAGAAUUUGUAGUUUUAGUGCUUUGUCGUUUUAUUGGGAAAUGCACCUACACUUUUUGUUUAGGUGCAUUUGGAGGAUUAAAGCGUAGUAAUUAACGAACUGUUGUUUUAGUACAUAAUAAUUUGGGGGUAGUAACGCAAAAUACUAAUUUGCAUUUGGAUUUCUAUAUAUAUAAGUUUCAUAUUAAGAGAAAGUAUAGUCGCGUGAAAUAAGGGGUGUGUUCCUUUUGUCCCUUUUCGGUAUCCGUAAUUUGAGUUUUUUUUUGACGUAGAUCAGUAUCUCUGGGUUUAACUAGCUACGAAAAUGUUAUAGGCUGUAUUGACAGUGCAAAAAUACCAGUGGAUUUAUAAGCAUUAGGUUUCGGUAAGAUGAUUACUGUUGAGUCAGUUAACUAACUGAAUGCUAUCAGCGUUUUUGUGUUUCGAAAAGUGUCGUUCAUUCUAAAAUAUCUUUUCAGUUAUUGUUUUGUAGGUGGGUAGCAAAUAAUGUUAAGAAUAUCCAGUGUCGAUCCUCAUUGUUUCAAUGAAGAGAGAAUAAGGAUAUAGAUGCAAAGAUGGACUAAAAUAACCAUUUUGGACACUUUAUAUAUGUGGGGCAAUAACUGAAUGUUUACUACAUUAUAAACAGAUAAAUAGCGAACUAAAUACAUCGCGUAAACUCAUUUUUUUAAUCGUUUCUGAGAAGUCAGUUGUUCAUAAGAAGAACUUGGGGAAUUUGACCGACGGGUGAGAAACGUCGCUAUUCUGUUGUAACAGACUAUAUACAAUGUCGGAGGACAUUCUCACAUUUCAAGCACAGCUCUCCGGCAUCAUGGAAAUGGUCCUGAAAGCGGCCGUGCAAGAAAUUACCACCUUGGUGGAGGGCAGUUUCCAAGGAGAGGUAGUGCGGAGCAGAAAGGAGGUGGAGAGCCUCAGACAGAGGCUUCAGUUUUCCGAGAAGAGAUGGAGGGAUCGAGAGCAAAGAAUGAGAGCAAAGUGUGCGGAAUGCGGUGGAGCUGGACUCUCCGCUGUGGCGAUGGGUCCUGUUCCCACACUGACGGAAAUUGAGGAAGGUGGUGUCAAGGAAAACAAUCAUUUGGAGGGAGCCUGGAGUAUUGCUCCCUGGACAGCAGUGGAUGUGGAGGAGGCUGCUGCCAGUCCCACACAUAGCGCAGAGACCACAGAUACUGAAAAGGACGUGUUUGAUGUCAUACACAAAGGAGAGACCCAGAGCAGCAGAAUGAGUGUGGAGGUUGAAGAGGUCUGUGUUCCGUGUCACAGUAAGAGUCCCACUGAACCAGAUUUACUGAAAGGUGAAAAACAGCGGGACUCAACAGGAAAAAACACAGACUACCUCACUGCCAAGGCUCUCAAGGCAGAGCCAAAGGAUGUGUACAUCACCCCAUACAUAGACCUGAACAAACCCGGCCUUGGAGACUCACUAACUAGAAGAGGCCAACUGCAGAACAAGAAACUGUCUUGUCACAUUAAAGCUGAGCAGGGUACCUUCAGUGCUGAUAUCCGCACCUUGGACAACUUGUUUCAUGUUCAGCGUGGCUCGUCUUCAGGACCUUCUCGCGGCACUGUAAGUAUGAGAGAUCCUGUGAAAGAAAUCUCCUAUCCCCAGACUACUGGCAGUCCUGAUGUGAAACAGUAUAGAAUACAAUCAGUGGAUGAAGAGGACUUGGAAAUGCAUCCAUCUUAUAACCAUGGCCUUUGGAUCUCACCUGAGAAAUACACAGAGAAUGACCUUAAUAUUAGCAUAAUUGAAAAUCAGCACUUCUGUCCUUAUUGUGGUUAUGCCACAAGUAGCAUCGCCAAUUUAAAUGUUCAUCUCCAAAGCCAUAAUGCGGAGAAACUCUUCAGUAGCUCGCAAUUCCAGAUAACUUCACCUAGGGGGGAUUUCCGGACUAAACCGCAACAGGACAAAAGACAGAGUUCUGCUUAUUCUCGCUACCACGGGAAGAAAUUUCACAGUGGGGGGAAUCUGGAGAGACAUGUCAGCGUUCACAGGGAUGAUGCUUUACACAGCUGCUCUGAGUGCGGGAAGACAUUCAACCGUGCUUACAAUCUCAAAAUCCACAAGCGUAGUCACACAGGAGAGAGACCCUAUCUUUGCACCCAUUGUAAGAAGGGUUUUGUUUCUCCCACCGACCUGAGGAGACACAAGCGUAUUCACACUGGAGAGAAACCAUACGCCUGCAUGCUGUGUGGUAGCAAAUUCAGGCAGUCGUGGAGUUUGAAAAUGCACCAGCGUAUUCACACACAAGAGAAACCCCACUGUUGCAUUCAGUGUGGGAAGUGUUUUAGGUGCUCUGGGGAUUUGAGUAAACACAUGCGUGUCCACACUGGUGAGAAACCCUACAUCUGUAAGUCAUGUGGAAAGGGGUAUUCUCAAUCCCAGAAUCUAAAAUCACACAGAUGUUUUAUUCAAUUUCAAGGAGAUGGUAUAUGUUAAUGAAUCUUACAUGUCAUGUAUUUAGAUGUUCCUGAUACCUUGCACAAUAUUAUUGGCAGCACCACAAAGGAAAAUGUGAAAUCUGACACUAUUCUUAAAAUGAACUGACACUGUGCCUAUCUUGUUAAUCUGUGCAAAAUGUGUGUUUAAGGAAAUUACUUGAAUUGUGUAGGCUAGGACAUGUUUUAUAGUUUUCUUUUUCUCAUGCUAUAUUGCUUAACAUAUUGAUGUAGAUUUGUAGCAGUUUAAAUUCUAAUGUUUCAGAAGUUGAGCCUCAUGCUAACAAAUACAACGAAAAUAUAAAGAUUUAAGUUCA